UUCACAAUAAAGCGGUACUAUUCCCACAUAUACCACAAUUGGCGUGAAGUCCGAACUUAUUAAGGGUAGACCACUGGAUAUUACUAGUUUCAUUACUAUUGCCUUUUCUACCGGCAUACGUUUUGCUAUUUUCUGUACAAUGUCUAAAGUUAACCAGGAUGAUGUGAUUUUGUUGAAAUUCGAUCCUGAAGAGGAUGAAUGGCAGAACUGGAAGGAAAGGUUCGAAAACUUCAUAGAAUGGACAGAAAUGCCGAAAGACAAACAACGAGGUCUCCUGUUGAAUUCGUUGGGAGUGAAGGCGUUCCAGAAGCUGGUUUCACUGUGCCGGCCGAAACGACCUCGAGAAUUCGACCUUGACGAAUUACUGGUAAAGCUGGAUACUGCUUACACGACAGUGACCUUCAGAGCAGCUGAAUGGGCCGAUUUUUAUUCCAUGGUGCAAGGUGACCUUACGCUGGAGGAAUUUGCCGAAAGGUUACGGGAUAAAACCACGACCUGCAAAUUUCCAUGUACUUUCAAACGACAAACAAACGAUAGUGCCCUUUCUUAUUUCUGCUCGCAUUCAGUGAUCUACGGACUAUCGGCCGAUUUAAUGAUGGCAAUCGGUUUUACGAGGCACGCGGUUCGAUUCUUCACCGGCUAGUGGGCUGUAUGCGUUUGCAAUUGGGCAGACCACACAUUCUGGCAAAUUUUGCUCAUUUUCAACUGUCUCUUUUUCGUCCCGCGGUUUAUAGUCUGCGCUAUUGUACGUUAACAUUCGAAACAUUUAUCUACAUUCCGGUUGAAGCGGUUGGAUCUGAUCGUCCA